AUGAUUACAAAAUAUUUCACUAAAAUAUUAACAAGAUUUGAUCCAUUUGGUGCAGAAGCUAAAACAGCCAGACUAUUUUUGAGUUCAAUCCCGCCUUUACAAAGGAAUACAACAACCUCUAUUAAAAAUGAAUUAUUAACUAAUAACACUAAAGGAAACCAAAAACCACUAAUUAAAGUUACUUUCAAGGACAAAAAAGAAUUUGAAUAUGAUCCAUCUGCGCUGACUUUCAAGGAAUUGGGCGCUUUGUUAGACAGGCAUAGUAGACAGUUAAGUCUCAAAGAAAGUAUUGAAAAUCAAUAA